AUGUUUCUAUCUCCGAUCACACAGGCAGUGUACCACCCACCUCUGGGGGAAGCUCUUCUCCCCCUCACAAGCCUCGUCACUUCAUCCUACCUCCAGCAGCACCCACAUCCGUCCUUCCCCAUGACCGUAUCUCCCCCCCUGCCCGCCCCGCAUAGGCGCGCAGCUGUUCUGCUUCCGCGCCCCUCCAUCCGUGCCUCCGGAAGUCGCUCGCUUGCCUUGGGCUCGCAGCUGUUGCAGCCCGUUGCGGCGGUGCGUGCGUCCAGGCGUGGGCUGCUGUCGUCGUUUCUCCCAGUGCACCACGCCUCGCCUGCCUCUCAGCGCGUGCGCGUCGCGCCAGUCCCCGUCGCGGCGUCUCCCGCGGUGACAGCCGCCAUGGCCUCCGCGGAGGCCGCCAAGCGGCCGUUCGUGGGCGACCUGGGAGUGCGCGGCGGGUUCGUGGACGCGGUGGGCAACACUCCGCUCAUCCGACUGAACCGCGCGUCACAAGAGACGGGCUGCGACAUCUACGGCAAGGCGGAGUUUCUGAAUCCGGGAGGGUCAGUGAAGGACCGGGCAGCACUGUACAUCAUCAAGGCGGCAGAGGCGAGUGGCGAGUUGAGGGAGGGCGGGGUGAUCGUGGAGGGCACGGCGGGCAACACGGGCAUUGGGCUGGCGCUGGUGGCCAAUGCACGCGGGUACAAGACAGUCAUCGUCAUUCCAGAGACACAGAGCCAGGAGAAGAAGGACAUGCUGCGCAUUGCAGGAGCCACGCUGGUAGAGGUGCCAGCAGUGCCAUACAAGAACCCCAACAACUACGUCAAGUACUCGGGCAGGCUCGCUCAAGCCAUUGCCAAGACCCAUCCAGGUGGAGCCAUAUGGGGCAACCAGUUUGACAACACAGCCAAUCGCCAGGCGCACUACGAGACAACAGGGCCGGAGAUCUGGGCGCAGACGGAGGGGCGAGUGGACGGUUUCAUCUGCGCCAUUGGCACGGGCGGCACCCUCGCUGGCACCGGCAAGUACCUGAAGGAGCGCAAGGCGGGAGUGCGCGUGGGCAUGGUGGACCCCAUGGGCGCCGCCAUGUUCAGCUACUACACCACCGGCACUCUCGAGUCGCAAGGCUCCUCCAUAUCAGAGGGCAUAGGGCAGGGGCGCAUCACAGGCAACCUGCAGGGGUGGGGGCUGCCAGAGAGAGAAGGAGGAUGCGUUGACUUCUGCUGCCAGGUGGAGGACGCGGAGGCGCUGCCAGUGGUGUACGAUCUGCUGUGGCACGAGGGGCUGUGUGUGGGGCUGUCAUCGGGCAUCAACGUGGCGGGUGCCAUGCGCCUGGCGCGUGCCAUGGGGCCGGGCCACACCAUCGUCACCGUGCUGUGUGACCUGGGCACGCGCUACCAGGGCCGCCUCUUCAACCCGCCCUUCCUGCGCUCCAAGGGGCUGCCCCUGCCCGCCUGGAUGGACAGCGGCACCGAACCUGCUGUGGCUGUGCCUCAGGUGUUCGAAGAGGUGGAGGCAUGA